UUUUACUUUGAAGACCUUCAAUCGAGUCAAAUUCAUUCCAUUCAGCUCAUCAACUUGGAUUUCUCUAACCUAUAAACCUCUUCAUCGUCAUAGUCUUCCGCCUCACCUUUUCUUCAAUAGACACAUGUCGACCUCCGGGACUUCGAAAACCACCUCCGACCUACCCCUCUUCGCGUCUUUGUCACCUCUACCAAUCCUUGAUGGUUCAGAACCAGGUCGAAUUGCUUUGGAUGCAUUUCGAACUGCAGUAGCCGUUCAAGUGGCUGGAAUUCUAGGACUUCCAACUUCAUCACCAGGUGAAUUAGAAAAGAUUUGGGCUGGUGUCGAAUCAGGAAAGAAAGAAGGAGGUGAUCUCACUGUAGCUGUACCAAGGUUCAGGUUGAAAGGCGACCCAAAGGCAUUUGCCCUCAAAGUACAAGAAGAGUUUGUUCCCAAUGAAUGGAUCGAAUCCGCCAAAGCCAAUGGAUCUUUUAUCAAUUUUCAAAUCCGUUCCAAAACCCUUGCAAAAGUCGUCCUAUCUCAAAUCAACGAUCUUACUCAUAUCUCAAAAUCUUCAUAUGGUUCCAAUACCUCAGGUUACGAUUCUACAUUGGGUCGUAAAAAGAAGUUGAUCUUAGAAUUCUCAAGUCCCAACAUUGCUAAAAAGUUUCAUGCUGGUCAUCUUCGUAGUACUAUCAUUGGUGCUUUCCUCGGUAAUCUACACGAAGCAAAUGGUUGGGAUGUUACUAGGAUCAAUUAUCUUGGCGACUGGGGUCGUCAAUUUGGGGUCUUGGCGGUUGGUUUUGAGCGAUAUGGAUCAGAGAAUGAGCUUACUGAACAACCGAUUCAACACUUACUGGAUGUCUACACUCGAAUCAAUCGUGACAUGGAAGGUGGCGAGAAGGAAGCACUGGAACAAAAAGCUCGAGACUUUUUCAAACUCAUGGAAGAUGGCGAUUCUACUGCAGUUGCGCUUUGGAAACGGUUUAGGGACUACAGUAUCAAACAAUACGAAGCUGAUUACGCGAGAUUGAACAUCAAAUUUGAUGUCUAUAGUGGUGAAAGUCAGGUCUCAAUAGAAAGUAUGGAUUCAGCAUUAGAGAUCUUGAAACAGAAAGGCAUAGCCAUCGAAGACAAUGGUACCUUGAUUUGUGAUUUGGAUAAAUAUAAGCUUGGCCGGACUGUUAUUAGGAAGAAUGAUGGUACCAAUCUUUAUAUCACUCGUGAUAUUGGAGCAGCUAUUCAACGUUAUGAACAGUACAAGUUUGAUAAGAUGAUCUACGUCGUAGCUUCUCAACAGGACCUGCAUCUUGCACAAUUCUUCAAAGUACUCGAGCUCAUGGAGUUUGAAUGGGCAAAGCGAUUGGUUCACAUUAACUUUGGAAUGGUAGCUGGUAUGAGUACUCGAAAGGGAACUAGCGUUCAUCUCGAGGAUAUGAUGAACGAAGCUCGGAAUACUAUGCAUGAACAGAUGUUAAAGAAUGAAGACAAAUACAAGGAGAUUCCUGAUCCGAUGGGCACUGCAGACGAGGUAGGUCUCAGUGGAAUCAAAAUUCAGGACAUGGCUGGCAAACGUAUCAACGGAUACGAGUUCAAGUGGGAUCGUGUCUUAUCAUUCGAAGGUGACACGGGUCCUUAUCUUCAAUAUGCCCAUGUCAGGUUAUGUUCAGUAGAGCGAAAGGCUGGACCUGCUCAUGUUCUCCCUCAACCAGAUCAACUUGCCACCACCAUCAAUACCGAUCUCAUCUGCGAAGACCCUAAAGCCCGUGACUUAUUGAUGUUACUUGCCUGUUACCCGGAUGCCGUCAAACUAGCAUUCCUAAAACUUGAACCAUCAUCAAUCGUCACUUAUUGUUGGAAAUUAACACAUGCAGUCAGUAGUGCAUGGGAAACUUUGAUUGUCAGAGGUCAAACUCCCGAGAUGGCUUUGGCUCGACUUUGGGUUUUUCGAGCUUGUAAGGAUGUGCUAGCUAGUGCGAUGAAGUUGUUGACUUUGAACCCAUUGGAACGGAUGUAAAAAAUACCAUUUGAAAUAAAAGUUUAUAUUCGCUAUCAC